UAAGAAUGUUUUUUUGUUAAUCAGGACCUCUUUACACAAGAUGGGGUGCUGCUCAAAUCAGCCUCAAACCGGCUGAGCCCAGACUUGAAUUCGCCCGGAAUGCUCUGUAUUGUCCAGAACGGAGAUGGCACAAAAUGUAUUGAGUGGCGACCAAACGACUUGAUCACUAUCGACUCCGACACACAAGACCAGGAAUGGGCAGUGGUUAACACUAUUGGCCGUCGUCAACGCACACUCAGCGGGAACAUGACGUCAGACUACGCCACAGCUCGCGCCCGCAUCAUCAAGAUCCCUCUUCAGGACCUAAAAACGUUCCGGAUAACCCGCAACAGCCAGCAGAUGCAGUUCUCCACGAAACCUGGCGUUUGGCAGACCACAUUCUACUUCCAACACGGGAACGCGGAAAUAUUCGUCGCCUAUCUAAAGAACCACGUCAAAACGGCGAAGACGAGGCACGAUAGAAACACAUACGUCGUCGUUGAACCUAACAUUGAAUCGCAAGUUCUUAACAGGUCCUUCGCAGAGUUGGAUAUUUUUACGGAGAAUACAACAGAUGUGGUGUGGAAUUUGGUGUCGAAUUUCAAGCAGAGGCCCUAUGAGACUACUAUGGAAGCCUUUUCCAAGCUCACUGAUAUUGUUUAUUACGGCAACGAAGGUAUGAACGGCAAGAGGGACGUCUCUGAAGAAGUGGCCGAGUUGCUGACCAAGAGUAUGAGCGCGCUGGAAGACGCCACCACCGUCACGCGAGCCGAGGAGUACGAGGUCGUCAGCGUCAAGCCCACGCUGCCGCCGCGGCCCUCUAUACCUAGAGGCGCUCCACUGUCGACUGAGAAGUGGGAGGGACUCCAGGACACAGAGGGCCGCGUCACGGAGGUGGAGGGCGUCAAACAGUUGAUAUUCCGAGGCGGCGUCGCGCACACAAUCAGACAAUCAGUUUGGAAAUACCUCCUCGAUUACUACCCCUGGAGAAUGACACACUCUGAACUCCGCUCUCUACAGAAGAAGAAGACAGAAGAAUACUUCUCCAUGAAGCUGCAAUGGCGAUCCAUGACCGAAGGGCAGGAGGCCCGGUUUUCAGAAUACAGGGACAGAAAAAGUCUGGUGGAAAAGGAUGUUAACAGAACAGACAGAACCCACCCGUUCUUUGCGGGAGAUAAUAACCCAAACUUGGUGGUCCUCCAGGAUAUACUCAUGACGUAUGUUAUGUACAACUUUGACCUGGGCUAUGUGCAAGGAAUGAGUGACAUAUUGGCACCAUUGUUGUUGUUGAUGGGCAAUGAAGUGGACAGCUUUUGGUGUUUCGUCGGGUUCAUGGACAAAAUUGAGUCGAACUUCGACAUGGACCAGGCCGGCAUGAAGCAGCAGCUGCAGCAGCUGCAAGCGCUGCUGUCGUUCGCGAGCCCGGCGCUGGCCCAGCACCUCGCGCAGAAAGACUCCGCUAACAUGUACUUCUGCUUCCGCUGGCUGCUCGUCUGGUUCAAGCGGGAGUUCUCGCAUGGAGACAUUAUGAGGCUAUGGGAGGUGCUUUGGACCGGGUUGCCAUGUAGCAAUUUCCAUUUACUAGUUUGUGUUGCCAUACUCGACGCCGAAAAGGACAUUAUCAUGGGCAAAGACUACGGUUUUACGGAAAUUUUGAAGCACGUCAACGACCUAUCAAUGUGUCUCGACGUAGACAGAAUACUGAGCACAGCAGAAGGCAUAUACCACCAAGUGGUGUCCGCGCCACACCUCACCGACCAAAUCCGAGUCAUCAUCGGCCUAGCCCCCCUCAAGCUUGCCGCUUCCACCAGCUCGGAAGAAGCGACCACAUCGAAAUCGGCCCAGCAAGCCAACGGUACGGGUGACUGCACCGCGGAGAGAGAUAUGGAGGAAGAUACACUCGAAUAUGACGGAUUACAAAUUAAUAUUGUUACGAAAACUGUGUGGGCAUUGCUCGCUUAGUCGACGAAUACAAAGUAGCUACUUACAGCCCGACAAGGAUCUGGAUGAGCGUGGCGGGAAUCGGAACUACAAAAGUUAUUCUAAUUUUUGACAGAUUAGUUUGGAAGUGGCGCCGCCGCGCUGCGUUUGCCAGGAUCGUGGUCGGACUGUAAAAUGGAAGUUAUAUUUUUAUACUUUUAUAAUAUCCGCUGUAUGAACAUGCUUGCCUCCUAUUUGAUACAUUCAUCAUAUUAUGGUACCUAACCAUUUUCGAAACUAAUAUAAAAUACACUACCCACCGAUUCAUUCAUUGCCUGUGCCUUAAUUUUGCCGCGAAUUUUUUCUAAUUCUCUUUUAAAUAUUUUUAUAUCCACAUUUGGUUUAUUUCUCUAUAGGUUUUAUAAUAUACAAACAUACAUUUCAAUAAAUCAUUGUCAAUUCAUAAUGUACCAAGGUGCUAACUACACAGUUUACAAUCUCAAAUAGGAGAAUCAAUAUUAAUACUAAAACCUUUGUUAGAUCGACAUAAUUCACAUAACAAUUCCAAUAUUAUAUUACCCGUGUCUCUAUUAGUAUUUUAUGUGCAAUUUAAAAUGCGUUAUAACAUAGUUUUCAUAAUUUUAGAAGUUUCAAAUUGAUAUUAAUGUGAUUUUAGUAGGUAUUAUUCACAAUUUCGAUUUUCCAGUAAUUAUUGACACAACUGCAACUGUAAUAGAAGUGGCCAAAUAUUAUUAUUUAUUGUAUCCUGUAACAAUUUAUGCAUAAAAUAAUAAGUUUCAAUAGUUAUGCCAGCUUAUCAAUCUAUGAAGAAAUUCUCAAUUGAUUUUGAGUAAUAAGGUAGGCCGCCACCAACCGGCCAUUCUGGAAAUCAUUGGGGAAGGCCUAUGUUCAGCAGUGGACGUCCUAUGGCAAAAAUGAUGAAUAAGCUAAUGAUAUAAAAAUAGCAAAAUCUAUUGCAGAAAUUCGUCUCUUGAAAGUUGGCCUGCUGUUGUCGGUAAUGAGAUGAUACAGUUUGUAAUAUCAUUCAAAAUAUAGGUUCGUUUAUUUGAUUGACCUUUAUGGUUUUUUAAGCCAUCCCAAAAAUUGGUUGUAUAAUGUUUUAUUGAUAAAAUUGGAAAAGACUUCUUGUGAUACACUUGGCUUUAGCAUUGGAGGUGGAUUUUGUAAGAAAAAUUGAAAUUUGUUUAGUUAAAAGAACCAGGAAAAUUUAGUUUAAUUUAAUUUAAAUUAUAAAUAAUGUUUAAUAAUAACAGUUUCGCUUUCGUUUCGAAAAAGCUGUGCAAUUCGAUAUG